AUGAAUGGAAGCAGGAGUCCAGACAAUCCGCCCACACGCGAAUCCCCGCGGCUCACACGUCACAGUCCGUCUCGCGAAAGGAAACGCGAUGCUCGGGCACAGGAUGGCGCCGCGCAGGACGAGGAGGACGAGUCGGAAGCCGAGACUCUUAUCGAAAGCCCUGUAAAGAGACGCGAGGCCGAAAGGCUUGCCAAGGUCAACACAGAAAGGACGCAGCAACAUCGGAUAGGAGGUCUUCCAGUUCCCGCAGAAGGCGACGACGAAGCCGACUCGGUCGUGUCGCCUGUUCCGAGUACUGAGAUCAGCAUCGAACGACCCACACCAAACACGAGCGUCAAAGCCGAAGACCUCGACCGAAUGGACACUGAAGGCGAAGAUGACGACGGCAGUGACCCGCUCAGCACGCCUGAUGCCUCUUGUUCUCGUGCAGGCUCCGAGCAACCAAAUCACUCACAAUCCCCGAACCCGAGAAAACGAAAGCAUAGAGCAUCAUCAGCAGGCCUGCCCAACAAGCGUCGAGACCUCGAAGGUACUCGGCGUGCGACUCAUGGACCACCAUCGGAAGCGGCACGAAACGGCAAAUCCCUCUCGCCAAAAGCGCGAAAUCACCGACGCGCAGUCUCUACUCAAUCUGCUGUUCUGGACCGUUCUACAGAUGCCACAAGUCGCAAACGAAGGUCCGUGACACACGGCUCAAGCAGAGAGACUAAGGCAUCUAAGGCGAACUGGGAAGAAUCUGACGGGUCAUCCGAGGCCACUUCUCACGAUCAUCUGGAGGGCAAGAUGCCGCGCCGCGGGAUCGGCCGAUCGACGUCAACACCAGGCAGACCUAGUGGAAGGGAGCACAAACGACGCAUUAAUCGGUACGGUUUCACUAAGUUGGCCGAAGGAUGCGAAACCGGGAAUCUGGAUCAAGUCAAGCUGUGGCGGGAAAAAGACCCCGACCAGCUUGAAAUUGCAGAAUUCGCUGGCAACAAGCCUUUGCAGAUCGCUGCACUUGCUGGAAACAUCGAAGUUGUCGAGUAUCUCAUCGAACAAGGCUGUCAGAUCGACUGCGCCAACCAGGACAAGGACACACCGUUGAUUGACGCUGCUGAAAAUGGGCACAUCGAUGUGGUCAAGAGCCUCUUGAACGCGGGUGUAGAUCCCCUUAGACAGAAUCUAAAGGGUCGGACUGCGCUCGACGUAGUCAAGGAUGAAACCGAUGAUGCGGACCAGAUUCGUGCAGUAUUGAAGCAGGCGAUCGAGAAGUGGAAUAGCAGUGGUGCUCGACAAAAACGUGAGGAGGAAGAGGAGCAACGUCAUCGGGCUGGGCCCACGAAAGAACUCCACUUCAUGGCACGUACGUAUGAGAACCUCUUGAGGCUGGUGCAGGAUAAUAAUCGCAACGGUGUGCGAGAAUUUCUUUUGGCGCGCGUACCUGUGGACAACGCUAUCAUCGCAGCUGCUGCGAAAACAGGAGACCUUUAUUUGUUGAACAUGUUGUUGGCCGAGAUGCCGGAGAAGAAAAGAGUGUCGAAACCUGAAAAGCCUAUGCUUAGUGUCCUCGGAACUUCUCAUUUCGACAUGGUCAAAUCGCUCACCGAGUUAGACCAAUUCGAUCCUGUCUGGAAAGAUAGAAGGGGUCGGACAUGGACCGAGAUUGCGGAGGAUCGGAACGGACCCAUGGUGAGGGAAGAGAAAGAGCUGCUCCAGAAGCUAUUCAACGAAGCGCAGAGGAAGGAGCGACAAAGUUCCAGCCCAGUGUCGCGCAGGGAUGGAGGAAAGCGCAGGCCAGCACACGCCACAUCCGAAGACGACAGCGACGAGGAUGUCACUCCGCGCCGCGCUGGCAAACGGAGAUUGAUGUCACGGCGCGACAUUCGUGCCAACGGGAAAUCCAGACCCGAAGAUGAAUCUGAAGGAGAUGAAGAUGACGACGAUUCUGGAUCAGAUAGUGCCAACGAGGCAGAAGAGAACGAUUCACACGCAACCGGACAGAAGCAGGCAGGCUCUCCAAAUGCUUCCAAGCAACGAACGCGGCCUCGACCUACUCAAGCUUCCGACAACGAUAUUGCUGCACAUCCGCGCAAUUCCCAUCAAUCAGCACCAGACGCCGAAAAGGUCAGGACCUCCGAACUGGCUUCACGAGAGAGCGCAGCCUCAGAAACGCCGUCAAAUGUGAAGGUUGAAGCGGAGGAGAGCACGGAUGCGGCGGCUGAGGAAAUAGCUAAGAUUGUGGCCCAGCGCACAGCAGACGAGGCGGCUGCAACUGUCAAGCGCGCCGCUGAGGAGAAGGCACGCAAGGAGGAGGAAAUGCGGCUGGCUGAGGAGAAGGAACGGAAGUUGAAGGCAGAAGAGGAAGAGCGUCGCAAAGAAGCUGAGAAACGUGCUGCAGAGGAAGCUCGAAUAGAGGAAGAACGCAAGGCCAACGAACAGAAAGCAUUGGCGAAGCGUUCGCGAGACGCGUCUCUGCUCUGCGGUCUGCCCGCGCCCAUAGCCCAUGCACUCGAUCCCAGGUCAGGCUUCAAUUAUGACGGUCUAGCAUCGGCGGAGUACAUCCUUCAUCAUUUUACUCCCAUACAGGUGCUUCAGCAGGAUCAGGGCGCAGAUGCGUCUCUGUGGGUGCUCAACGCCCAAGUCGCUCCCUUAGUCGGUCCUGUUGGCCUGGAGUUGAUGUUUCAACCGGAUCAGAUCGGCUAUUCAGGAUCUCUAGCCGACACAUGGACAACGAAAGCCGUCGAAGACCAACAUGCUGCGGCAAUGGAACAGCUCUUGUCCAACCUGCCGCAGAUUCUUCCACCGCCGCCCAGCGAUACUGAACCGACAUUCGACGAAAUGAUGCAGCACGGCGCCGAGCAGCUCCGGGCCGUAGCCGAUGCCCGAAAACGCCUCGCGAAGCACAACAUUGCAUUACGCUACGUCAGGUGGGAUCAAGUGCUGGACAAUUUGCAACCAGCCCUAAAGGAGGUCGAAUUUGAUGUUCGGUUCGACUAUUUCCAAUACUCGCCCCACGUCGCGUCGCCCACCAAGGGCAAAUUCGCCAGCGAGAGUGAUUUCGUGGAGAUCGCGAAUGAAGUCGCACAACGUCGCCCGCUACCGAGGCGUUACAAGGGUCCUCGGCGGGUAGAUGCUGCCCUUGAACCUGUCGUUGUUGUCGGGAGGACUAAAGUCACGGUGAUCCAUCAGAAAUAG